AAAAAAAACAUUGGAAAAUGGUGAAAAAUUAUACAAAACUAGCCGUUAAUCCACCUGACUUAAUUUGUCUCCUAUUUAUUUAUUUUAUAUUAUUUUCUUUUCCUUUAUGUUCACUUUCAUCCUACAAAAAACCCUCACUCCUUCCUCCAUUGUUAACCAUUUCCUUUCCUUCCUCCUUUAAUGGCUAUUCAUAAACAAAAUUUUGGGUCUUUCAUUUCACAUAUAACCCAUUUUUUCUUAUUUCUUCACUUAUUCAUUUACUUCUUCAUUUCACCAGUUUCAAGUCAAGCAUGGGAUGGUAUCAUUGUAACAUCAUCCAAUUUCCAAGCACUUCAAGCAGUCAAACAAGAAUUGAUUGAUCCAAAAGGGUUCUUAAGAAGCUGGAAUGACACGGGUUACGGCGCUUGUUCCGGCAGGUGGCUCGGUAUCAAAUGUGCAAAAGGUCAAGUCAUUGUAAUCCAGCUUCCAUGGAAAGGCUUAAGUGGUAGAAUCAGUGAUAAAAUUGGUCAACUUCAAGCUCUUCGUAAGCUUAGUUUACAUGAUAAUUUUAUUACUGGCUCUAUUCCUUCUACUUUAGGCAUUUUACCUGAUCUUAGAGGAGUUCAAUUAUUCAAUAACAAGCUUACAGGUUCUGUCCCUGCUUCAUUAGGUUCAUGUCCUUCGCUUCAAACACUUGAUUUAAGUAACAAUUUACUCACAGGGACAAUCCCGGAGAGUCUUGUGAACUCUAGCAAGCUUAUUAGGCUUAAUCUUAGCUUCAAUUCGAUUUCGGGUUCCAUUCCUGUUAGUUUCACUCGUUCUAAUUCUCUUACUUUUCUUGCAUUACAACAUAAUAACCUGUCUGGUUCUAUACCAGAUUCUUGGGGUUCAACUGGUGAGAAUAAACUACAGUACUUCACACUUGACCAUAAUCACCUGUCUGGUACUAUACCUGUUUCUUUCAGUAAGUUAAGUGAGCUUCAAGAGGUUUCUUUUAGCCAUAAUUUGAUUACUGGGUCUAUACCAAAUGAUAUAGGUAAGGUUACCAUGGUUAGGAAACUUGAUUUUUCUUACAAUGCCAUUAAUGGUAGCUUGCCUGUUAGUCUGUUCUCCAAUAUGUCUUCUCUUGUUAUGUUGAACCUGAAAAGAAACAAGUUAAGUGGUACAAUUCCAGACAGUGUAGGGAACAUUUCUAGUUUGGUUCAACUUGAUUUGUCUGAGAAUGAACUCAGUGGACAAAUCCCAUUUUCACUCACAAACCUGUCUGGUCUUAGUUCUUUAAAUGUUUCAUAUAACAACUUGUCUGGUCUUGUUCCGGUUUUACUCUCCCAAAAGUUCAAUUCAAGCUCAUUUGUUGGUAACAUUCAGUUAUGUGGAUAUAAUGGUUCAACUCCAUGUCUUUCUCCAAAUCCACCUUCACCAGGACAUAAACAUAGGAAACUUAGUACCAAAGACAUAAUCCUAAUAGCUGCUGGUGCUCUUCUUAUAGUUCUGUUUAUUCUUUGUUGCAUUUUGAUAACUUGUUUGGUCAGAAAAAAGACAACAUCAAAACAAGGUCAAACAACAACAAGAAGUGGUCUUAAGGGAACUUCACCACCUGUUGGUGUUGAUGUUGAAAGUGGUGAAAAUGGAGGUAAAUUAGUCCAUUUUGAUGGUCCCAUGGUGUUUGGUGCUGAUGAUUUACUAUGUGCAACAGCUGAGAUUAUGGGGAAAAGUACUUACGGAACUGUUUAUAAAGCUACAUUAGAAGAUGGGAGUCAAGUGGCAGUAAAAAGACUUCGAGAAAAGAUCAUGAAAACUCCGAGAGAAUUCGAAAACGAGGUCACUGCACUUGGCAAAAUCCGGCAUCCGAAUCUACUAGCUUUGAGAGCUUAUUACUUAGGACCUAAAGGUGAAAAGCUUCUUGUUUUUGAUUACAUGCCUAAAGGGAGUCUUUCAACUUUCUUGCAUGCUCGAGGGCCUGAAAUGCCUAUUGCUUGGCCAACAAGGAUGAGGAUCGUGAAAGGGAUUACUCGAGGUCUUCUACACCUUCAUACACGAGAGAACAUUAUACACGGGAACCUUACAUCGAGCAAUGUGUUACUAGACGACGAUACACAAGCUAAAAUAACCGAUUUCGGCCUCUCGCGUCUAAUGACAGCGGCUGCGAAUGCAAACAUUGUUGCAACAGCUGGUGCAUUAGGCUACAGAGCACCCGAGUUUUCGAAGCUCAAGAAAGCAAACACGAAAACUGAUGUGUAUAGCAUUGGAGUUAUCAUAUUGGAACUCUUAACAGGGAAAUCUCCGGGAGAAGGUAUGAACGGUAUGGAUUUGCCGCAAUGGGUUGCUUCUAUAGUGAAAGAAGAGUGGACUAAUGAAGUAUUCGAUCUUGAGUUAAUGAAGGAUGCAUCUUCCAUUAGUGAUGAGUUGUUAAACACUUUGAAGCUGGCUUUACAUUGUGUCGAUCCAUCACCGUCGGCAAGGCCGGAAGUUCAACAGGUUCUUCAGCAACUAGAAGAGAUUAGAGCAGAUACACCAGCUAGUUCUACACCGUCAUGAUAUAUGGUUUAUAUGCUAUAGGCAAUAGAGUAUAAAUUCUUUCAUUCUUACAAUAUAAUCUUAAAGUUCAUAAUAAAUUUUGUGUAACACCAAUUUGAUUGAUUCAGUAUGUUUCAAUUCUUUCAUUCUUACAAUAUAAUCUUAAAGUUCAUAAUAAA